AUGAACGCUAUUAAACCUAAAACAAUUGUAUUAGAUGUUGAUGGAACAUUAACCUUACCUGCUAUGAUGACUCCAACAGAGAAGGUCAAACAAGCUCUUCAACGUGAAAUUCAAGCUGGAGGUGAAAUUCUUAUUGCAUCAGGAAGGCCUUUAAAAACAGUAAUGCCUAUUGUAGAAAGUAUUGGAUGUUCUCCAAUAACUGUAUUAACAAGCAAUGGUAAUUUAACUAUUAGACUUCCUGAAAGAAAAGUCUUAGCAUAUCAUCCAUUAAAUAUACAGGCAUGUAUGCCAAUAGUUGAAGUUCUUGUGAAAGAGGGAAUAUGUGGAUAUUUAGUACUAUGCAAUAAAAAAGAUAUAGAAAAUGGAGGAACUGAUGGUAAUGCACGAAUUGGAGAUUAUUUAAAAGUUAUAAAAGAAGAAGACCAAAGUGUUAAAAUUCCCUCAACUGAUUAUAGUAAGUUUCAGCGAUGUGAUAGGUUUAUUCAACCUAUUUCAAUUGAAGAGAUUAAAAAAAUGAAAGGUUCUGAUAUUUUGAGUAUUCAUAUCCAUCCACCAACAGUAGAAGAAACUAUUUAUUUAAUGGAAUUAUUAAAGAAAUAUAAUAGUUAUGACAUAGAAGCUAAACGUUCAGGAGAAAAAAUUAUUGAAUUAUAUAAUCCACAUAUUAGUAAAGGUACUAUUCUUGAACAACUCCAUUAUCAAGGGUUAGUUGUUUAUAUGGGAGAUUCAGAGAACGACAUUACUGGAAUAGAGUGGGCAGUAUCUCAUAAUGGAUAUGGUGUUGCUAUGGGAAAUGCAUUUGACUCAGUAAAGGAGAAAUCCAAUUUUAUAACUAAAACUGUUCAAGAAGAUGGAGUAGCUUAUGCAUUAGAAUGGAUAAAUUCAAGUUUAGAUAAUUCAGAUAAAUAA